ACACCGAAUAAGAGCGGAUUUUCCCCGCUCCAGAAUUCAAAAUCGCCCAUUCUACAUUUCUACACUCUCCAUAAACCAACAACAGUGAGGAGCUAGAUGGGGCAUCCCCAUGAUUAUCAUCACCAAGCAGCAGAUGGGUUAGUGAGCCUCUUCACCAAAGCAAACCACGAUCUUAAUCUCGUCUCCUUCAAGCUCGAGAAGGAGUUCCAGCAAGUCUACUCCGACAACACUAACCCUAUGAAGCUUGUGUCACGGAUUAACAAGAUACAGGAAGAAUUGGCGUCCAUACAGGAGCAGUGUCGCGAGCUUCUAGCUGCCAAACAGGAUUUAAUUGACAAAGCCAGGACUACCUUAGUUGGGAAUCGGUCAUUGGUGCAGAAACUUCAAGCGUCCGCAGGUGUACCUGUCAUUGAUGACAGUAAUGAUCCAGAAUUUGCUAAUUUCAACCAGGUAAUUGAUGAAUGGACAGCUCAAGUAAGAGCGGGAGCAGAUGAUGAAGAUCAGGAGGCGGUUUCUGAGGAUAUCAACCAUCUUCUCUUUUCAGCAAUUGUGCCAGGGAACUGAGCAGAGGAUUUCAUGAGUUCUCAGGUGGUAUAGACUAUAGAGUAGACAUAUAAUGUCUAGUUUGGCAAGGCUCUGGUGGCUUCUUUUAAAAGAAGGGUUUUCAUCCUUGUUUAGUCUGGAAAGUGUAGCUAUUAGGGAGCAUUCAAGAUCAUGGAUACUCUAAAAUUGAUUCACUAUUGUAAAUUUGUUCCUAUCUUUAAACAUGUUUUGCUCCAAAAUUUCAUCAAAUGCCAAUGCAGUUUGUGUGAGGUCUCA